CCCAAAGUGGGCUGCCACCCGCCAUUAAACGGCAAAGAAGAAGAACCGUUAGGGUCCGUGUACGUUUUGACCGUCCGUUUUCGUUUCGAUUAACGCGUUUUCGGUUUUAUUACAGUUUGUAAUCCGAAGUUUUAUUUGGGUAUAUUUCGCUGAUGAAGAGGGGUUUAACAGUCUGCAGCAGCGAUGGACAGCCGCGUUUCUUUCCACUCUCAGCUCUCCUCCAUCAUGGAGACGAUGGCCAAGUCUGCCUUCAGUCAUAUCAGCAAACUGGUGGAUGAAGAUUCUGCCGAGCUCCGACUCGAGUUGUCUCGGCUUUUGUUUGCUAAUUCAGCCCUGACAGAAAAAGUAAACAGUCUUGAGUGUGAGCUGACCAUUGUGAAAAGCGACGUGCCCGUUUUGUGCAAAACUUAUAGCAGCGUGGGCGUACAAACUGUCUGCUACAAAGACGGAGAUCCUCACGUGUCCGGGUCUCCUGUUAUAGAGGGGAUCUUUGGUAAAGACUGGUGUAUGAAUCUGUGGAAAGACAGAGACCCAUAUCGUCUGGAGACAGUCACUAACUCACCACAGUGUUGUGAUAAGUUGGUGCCUGAUCAUAUUACUGUGACUGAGAUCAAAGAGGAGGAUUAUGAGGAAGCUGCCGGAAUCCGCCAGCAGGAGACAUUUAGUACAGUGGAUGACCAUGAAGAAAGUUCCGUUGUGGAGCUCGAGCGGCUGUCAGUCAGCUACUCUGCUGAUGGCAGCACUUACAGUCUGUCAUUUGAUCAAGAAGAAGACCUGGUUGAGUCUGCAGUUGAUACUGAAGAACCGUCAGAGGAGCUGUCUAUCAACGAUACAGAGGAGACCUUCAGCGCUCAUAUUAUUCCAAUCAAUGAGGACGAUGACGAUGACGACGAUGUACAGUUUGUUCAAGAAAGUCACCAGGAGCCUGCUAUGGACACUGCGUGGUUGCCUGGCAACAACAAGCAGCAAACAUUAUUGGCCGACACCAUUGAAAACAGCACUGCUUUGGAGAAAGAUUCACAUGAUAACUUUAAUAUGCUCAAUGAAGAAACAGUCGGAGAUCUAAACAAAGACAUAUUCACAUGCAAAAUAUGUAGCAGAACAUUUUACCACAAGGGCACUCUAACACACCACAUGAAGUUUCACAAGUCAAACUUCUGUAGCAUUUGUAAGCAGCAUUUCCCACACAGGAGUAAGUUAAACAUGCACACCUGCAUACCUCCUGUUCUGUCACACACCAAGUCUUGUGAGCUGUGUGGGAAGUCUUUUGCAAACCCAUCGGCUCUGAGAAUACACUAUGUGGUCCACACAGGAGAGAAACCCUACAGCUGCAGCUUGUGUGGAAAAGGGUUCACCCAGAAAGGCAAUCUGAAAUGUCACCUACGCAUCCAUACUGGGGAGAGACCAUUUAUCUGUGGUAAAUGUGGAAAGACCUUCACACAAAAGGUAAACCUCAACCAUCAUUUAAUGGCACACAGAAAUCGUGAGGUGGAAUCGGGUAAGCCCUUCAAAUGAAUCCAAGAACUUAAUGGCCUUCGGUAAAUGACUGAUCUGAUUGUAGUACAUGAAAAGUAGCUUUAUUAAUUUGAGUGGAUAAUACAGUACUCCUCACAUUGAUGUAAGUUUAGUUAAUGUCAUGUGAGUAAUAACACAUAGUGUGUAGUAACUGUCAUUAUGCUGCACUUACAUACAUGUUCUGUUGUAUGACAUUUAAGCUGUUCAGUGUUGUAAUAGUUGAUUCUGGGUUUGCAAUAAAGAAAAGUCAUAGAUUUUCA